AUGAGAGCGACACUUCCGAGGGCCCGUUAUCCUUCAACCCAGCUUGUGCAUACAGACUUGCUAGACAGAUACAAGGCUUUGGUCGACUCCGGUAGCGUAGAAUGGGAUGAAGGACAGGUCAGAGCAAUUAUGAAGCUCAGAAGGCUCAGCAGAGACCUCCGCAAUUAUACACCAGCCCAGAGUUCUUCUCUGCCUUUGGACGACAUCCCUUUUAGACAUUCCAUCGGAAACAUUAAAGCUCUCGUCAAGUCGAAGGAUCUGGCCUUAGAGAUGGAGCAUCUGACAUCGCCCCAAGGUCUCUUUCUCACCGGUCCGCCAGGUUCAGGAAAGACGUUCCUCGCCGAUACCUGGUUCACAUCAUUGCCGACGCCAUACAAGUCUCGCAAGCAUUAUAAUGAGUUCGUACUUGAUCUCUACCGCGGUGUAUGGGAGGAAACAGCGAAACGAAUGCGGGAUGUUGAAGUUUCUAAUAGCGGCGUCGAAGCGACGACUUCAACUUGGAGCAGGUCCAUCCGCGAUCAAGUACGCCAGAUGCUCAAGGUCGACGCCGAGAGUGUCGAUUCAUUCUUACAUCGCCUGCGACGACCCUCCUCCUCACCCCAGUACUUAGCACCUAUCCCAUACGUCAUCGCCUCCAGGCUACUACGUUCAUCGUAUGUCCUCCUUAUCGACGAGGUUCAGCUCCAAGACGUCUCAAGCGCACUUCUCCUCUCGGAUGUCCUGAUAUGGUACUGGCGCAUGGGUGGUGUCGUUGUCGGGACGUCGAACAGAGUUCUAGAGGAUCUAUACAUCAAUGGAGUUCAGCGAGAGAGGCUCGGUGCUUUUGGUGGCGCGUUAAGGGCUCGGUGCGAGGUUAAGCGGGACGAUGAGUUUGAGCGGUUGGUGGAUGCGCAGGUCGACUCUUCGUCAUCUCGCGACCUUACCAUCUUUGGCCGUCAGCUUCAUGUUCCGCGUAUAUCAGCCCAAGGAGACGCAUGCAUGUUCUCAUUUCAACAACUUUGUGAAGAGUCUCUUGGCCCGGCGGACUAUCUCACACUCUCCUUCACGUUCCACACCAUCUUCAUCACUGACAUACCCAUCAUCCGUCUUCCUUCCGGAAAGAACCAGGCUAGGAGGUUUAUCAGUUUCGUCGACGCCCUGUAUGAAGCUCGCUGCAGGGUAGUGUGUAUGUCAGACGUACAAUUGGACGAUCUCUUCCGGAUAGACAUUGAUCGCGGGACGGACAAUUCGGAUGUGAUGUUGGCAGAGUCUGUUAACCUUGAGAAAUACCGCCCGAAUGUGGUCUCAUAUCACCAUUCAAAUGUUAGUGAUCGGGAAGAACCCCGGGUGCCACUGGAAACCUUAUCUAUCUUCUCUGGCAAAGACGAGCAGUUUGCGUUCAAGCGUGCGUUCUCUAGGUUGGUGGAGAUGACCAGUCCUGCAUAUCAUACACGUUGCCAGUGGGAGCCGGGGGUACAGACAUAG